UCUACCUUGACUUGCCUUAUUCUAGUACCUCGUCACCAAAGUACUGUACCUUAUCAAAUCCCUCUCCAAAGCCGCCAAAUACCGCGCUAUCUUUGUGUUCAUUCACUUUGUAUUUAGGUACUUACCUACUUACCUCAAGCCAUCUACCUGCCUAUCUUACCCUUCUUUACCUUACUUCCUACAUCUCCCUCCCACUUCCUUGCUCGAACCAACAAACUACCUCGACAACGGCAGCCGUCAUCCCAAUAUCUGCGAGUCAACCGCAACUCAAUCCCGCCUUGUCCGCCGCCCCAACCGACGCUGCACGUAGCCGCAACCCCGGGGUCUCACUCAGGUCACCCUCUGCAGUCUUACUAUUUAUUUUUUAUACUUGUUACUUUUUUUUGCCUUUUUCAAACGGCGAACCAGAGACUCGGAAGGAGGACGUUUGGUGCAAGGGGGGAAGGGGAUAGAGUUUACGUGGUUCCCAGCCCCGCAUCCCAAACGCCUUGGCUCCGGCCCUGACGCCGGCUCAAAAAAAUAAAAACAUCAAGUACAGCAGAAAAAAAGAAGAAAAAAAGAAAAAAAAAAAAAGCUUCGUGGGCCAUGGCGGCUGCUCUGGCGCAUUCGUCGGGGAUGAUUCCUUCCAUGGUUGGAGUCCCACCGUCGACAUCAUACGAAAAUGGCAGCGGCGGCAACAGUAGCACAACAGCGGGCCAUGGAUCGGUAAACGACGGCAGCCGAACCAGCCGGAAUGCGCUGCAAGGUGACCUCAAGUCCGAUGCCGCAUCUGCCCAAUCACAAAAUAGGAAGCUCCAACUGAGUGACUUUAAAAAGGUCCGGACGUUGGGAACAGGAACGUUUGCCCGAGUCUGCCUUGUCCGACCAUCGAACCCGCAGAACGAAACGGAGCGCAACAAGGUCUUUGCGCUCAAGAUACUGCGCAAGUCCGAGGUGGUCAAGCUCAAGCAGAUCGAUCAUGUGCGCCACGAGCGCGCCAUCCUCGCCGACGUGUCGGGGUUCCCGUUUAUAACAAACAUGCUCGCCUCCUUCUCCGACCACGACUUCCUCUACAUUGUGCUCGACUACGUGCCCGGCGGCGAGCUCUUUUCGUACCUGCGCAAGUACCGACGCUUCGACGAGGACAUGGCCCGCUUCUACGCCGCCGAGAUCGUCCUGGUGCUCGAGUACCUGCACGAGGCCCAGGACGGCGUGGCCUACCGCGACCUCAAGCCCGAGAACCUGCUGCUGGACGGCCAGGGCCACAUCAAGCUCGUCGAUUUCGGCUUCGCAAAGAGGCUCGGCGGCAGGAGGGACGGCGACAACAGCGGAACCCAGGAGACGUACACCCUGUGCGGAACCCCAGAGUACCUGGCCCCCGAGGUUAUCCAUAACAAGGGUCACACCACCGCCGUGGACUGGUGGGCCCUGGGCAUUCUGAUUUACGAGUUUCUUACCGGGUACCCGCCGUUCUGGCAUCAGAACCCAAUCGAGAUUUACAAGCAGAUCGUCGAAAAGCCCGUCGUCUUCCCGCAAGACCCGCCAAUUUCUCCCAACGCACAGGACAUCAUCCGGCAGUUCUGCACCGUCGACCGCUCCCGCCGCCUCGGUAACAUCAGCGGCGGCGCCGCGCGGGUAAAGGAGCACCCCUUCUUUGAAGGCGUCGACUGGGAAGCCAUCUACAGCCGCAAGUUCCCGGGACCCAUCCUGCCGCCGAUCAGAUACCCCGGCGACGCUCAGUGCUUUGACAUUUACCCCGAGGAGGACGUCGGCAAGGAUCCUUACACGGACGAGAUGGCUCAAAAGUACGACCACUACUUUCAGGACUUUUGAGUAAAAGCUCAAGCGGAAAUCCAAACAAGAAAAAGGACAAAAAAAAGAGAUUCAUCUGCACAAAGCUCAAAUAGCUGUAUUAAUACUGUCUCAUUGUGGCGCUUGUUUUUUUUUUCGUCUUUUUUUUUCUGUCUCUGCCUCCGCCUCUAUUACUGACAGUGAAAGUGGAGGCUCCACUGAAGAUUACCACACUUGGGCAUUUACCUUGUUGUUCUGCGAACAAAGCACCUGUACAUUCCUGAUCGAUACUAUGACACGCUGAUUUUUCUUGUCAUGUUUUGUCUUUUCUUCUUUGUUCUCUCUCUCUGUGUUUUUCUCUUUUUUCUUGAUCUCAGAAAUGUGCCAUGCCAAAGAUAAUGACUCCUUUUCUUGUCCAUACCCCCUACCAUAUCUGUGAAUUUUUUUUUUUUUUUGCCUCGCUUCGUCAUGAAAGCAUCAUGUAAAUAACUGCCUCCCAUUGUCAUGUGUUAAAGCGCACCAAACUUGUUUCUGAAAGCAUAACCUCACAUAGCAAGCACACUUCAGGGCAACCCAGGAAGGCUCAACGGAUCUGGAGUUGGAGGACUUGAGCUUUGUUCCCGGAACGGGGAACCGGAACGGCCCUCGACUGGUUUAGAUUUAGUUCAUUUUCCUGGUGAAAGCCUUACAAAUUGAGACUGAAAUUUUAUCAAGGAUCAAAGCAGUCGAGUAGUUUACUCCUCCUUGUCAAAUACUACUGCGAGCAUGGACUGUUUUCUGUCGGCGAGUUGUCCCCCACAAUGUGUCUUGUGUUUGAUAGCAAAUCACUUGAAUGAAGGCGCUCGCAUUUCAAG